ACGACGAGCAGAAGAGAGAAGCGCGGGACUCCAGAGCUGAAAUCUGACAUAUACUAUUAAAUAUUGAGUUUAUUAAAGAGGAGAUUGAAGACAUGAGGGAUCCAGAACCAUCCAGAAUAAAACAUGAAGAUACUGAGGAACAAACAGGUACAAACUCCAGGUGUAUCAGCUGAAAUCUGUGACAUAGUAAAGAUGGAGUUUGUCAAAGAGGAGAUUGAAGACAUGAGUGAUCCAGAACCAUCCAGAAUAAAACAUGAAGAUACUGAGGAACAAACAGACUUGGCUGAAAUAAAACAGCAAAGAGUGAAGCUGAAAGAAGUGGAGGAGGAAAAAUCAAGAAAAAAAGCCAAACAGCUGCACACCUGCUCACAGUGUGGAAAGAGUUUCAGAAAAAAAGAAAACCUUAAUGUGCACAUGCGAAUCCACACUGGAGAGAAACCAUACACAUGCCCUCAGUGUGGAAAGAGUUUUACUGCAGCAGCAGGUCUCAGUUAUCAUCUGCAUGUUCACUCUGGAGAAAAGCCAUUUAACUGUGAUCAGUGUGAUAAAAAGUUUAUUUCAUCAUCAAGUCUAAAACAACACCAGAAAGUUCAUUCAGAUGAGAAGCCUCAUGUGUGUUCUUACUGUGGAAAGAGUUUUUCACGGCUGGACAGUUGUAAGCUGCACCAGAAAACACAUAAUGAAGUGAGAGAUCACAUGUGCUUUGAGUGUGGGAAGAGCUUUACUGUAGCUGCCGUUUUGACAAGACACCAAAGAAUUCACACUGGAGAAAAACCUUACAAGUGCUCAUAUUGUGACAAGAGUUUCACUGUGUCUGGAAGCCUGAAAAGGCAUGAAGGACUUCAUACUGGAGAGAAGCCGUAUCACUGUACUCAGUGUGGAAAGAGUUUCAUAGAUGCAUCAGGUCUCAGAAAUCAUCUGCACAUUCACUCUGGUGAAAAGCCAUUUAGCUGUGAUCAGUGUGGUAAAAAGUUUAUAAGAUCAUCACAUCUAAAAAGUCACCUGAUAGUUCAUUCAGAUGAGAAGCCUUACUUCUGUUCUUUCUGUGGAAAGAGUUUUUCAAGACUGACUUACUGUAAGCAGCAUCAGAAAACACAUAAUGAUGUAAAAGUUCAUGUGUGUCGUGAGUGUGGGAAGAGCUUUACUACAGCUCCUCAUCUGAAACAGCACCAAAGAAUUCAUACUGGAGAAAAACCUUACAAGUGCUCAUAUUGUGACAAGAGUUUCUCUCGGUCUGAAUACCUGAAAGCACAUGAGCGAGUUCACACUGGAGAGAAACCGUAUCGCUGUACUCAGUGUGGAAAGAGUUUCACUCGGUUAAGAAUUCUAGUGACUCAUAUUAAAAAGCAUUGUUCUGUGUCAGAGUGAGCAAAUGUUUUCUACAGAUUCAAUAUUUCUAGUCAAUAAUGUGAGAUUCAGAUACUGUAAAUGUGCAAUUAGCUCAAAUAAACUAGUUUUGCUGUGAAAUGCCACAAGAUUUGUGGGGAUGUUUUUUUCUGUGUUGAUGGAGAACAGCAAAAGUAUUUAGUCACUUUAAUCUUACACUGAUUUAUUUUAAUCAUUUAAUUCAAUGCCGCCUCAAUGAUUAAUUGCCUCAGUUUCUGACCUUUUUUGUAACAUAACACUUUUUUCUAAGAUAUUUAUUUAUAUAUUUCUCUGCAACAAAA